GUAAACGUUGACAGAAUGAGGAAGUCCGGCAUUUUUUUCUUUCCUCCAACGCAAAAAAAACUUUAAAGAACUGUAGACGCGGGACCUUUUUAACGGAAAAUAACGCCGAGUCUCGCUUUUUUUACGACUCGUAAUUAAUGUAGCGUUGAAUUUUUGUCGUAAUUGAAGAAAUAGUGCAUGUUUGAGCUGUAUUUUGUUAACCGGGAUGGAAUUUCACCUCAGUGAAGACGAAAUGGUAGAAAUUAAAAAGGAGGUGCUGACGAAACUGAGAUACUACCUCUGUGAAAAAAUCCGAGCUGAACGCCACAUCGACUUCCUGCGUUCUCGUAGGAUCCUGACGCGGGACGACGCCGAAGAAAUCAGCUGCCGGACUACGCAAACCAAGAGAACAGGUAUGUUGUUGGACAUGCUGGCUGAGAACCCCCGCGGUCUGGACACCCUGAUUGAGUCCAUCCGUGAGUCCCGCGCGCAAAACUUCAUCAUUGCCAAGAUUACAGAUGAGGUGCAGAAGAUCAAAAACGAGAGGCUGGAGUCUCGCAGAGCUGGGGCUUCCAGUUCCACACCUGACAGCACCAUCAGCACUCCAGGAACAACCAGCGACUUCUCCAGGACAUUUUCAAACGAGUCCACCAUGCUCUUCCACCCAGAUGGGGAGCAAAGUCCUUCCACGUCAGUCAUAGUGGUCUCGCUCACGCCCCCAUUGUUACAGAAACCAGAGCAAUUGUCCUGUAAUGCUAAUUAUGCUAAUAGCAUGGUUGUAGCUUCAUCCACAGCCUCCUCCAGUCUUCCUAGACCUGGAGACCUGGGGGCGCCGCCGUUGCCACAGGAGGUCCUGGUGGAAUCGCCCUCUAACGUUGAUGCGGGAGCGCAAGGGUGCACCAGCAAUGGAGAAGACCCAAACUUCCAGCCUCUACGAUCACGGACUCUCGCUCCAUCGCCACAUAGAAAUAUCAUUUAAAUUCAUCCAAAACCUAACGGGACAGUUUGACGCCAUCAGACGAGGAAACAAAUUGAAUCCUCAGUUAGAGGCGCAUGUUAAAGUCUUUCUUAUUUGGGUUUCUUCCGCGUUGACGAUAUAUGUAUUUUUAAAAGAAACUAGAUUCUCUUCCAGAUGAGGUGAAAAAGUGUGAUUUACCUUUUAAACUGUACUGUGCAGAAACACUGUAGGUCCAGGUCUAGAAAUACACCAUGAACAAUAAUAAUAAUAAUAAUAAUAAUAAUAGUAAUGUGAGUGUUGAGUGUUGAGUGUUGAUCCAGAGGAUGACAUCCAGCUCUCUGUGUACAGCAUUAAUCAACCACAACUUGGUUUGUCUUCACUACAUUGUAUUCUUGAAUACAGGUCUUCUUUUUUUCUCCUCAUUUUGUGGUCAUGUAUAACCAUAAAUUCAACUUUAUUUUCCUUCGAGUGAAUGUUAUCAGAUCUUUGUUUUUAUUGCUGGAUGUACUAAGGAUACCUCAUUCCUAAUGUGGCAAAGUGUGUGCACAACUACUGAUUAAUUAAAAGACAAAUGUGAUAAUUGUAAACAAAUUAUGCAUAGUGCACUGUGUUCUACCUGUCUACCCGUCUGUGUACGUGUACUUCUGUGGAUGUUGGGUUGUACCGGAGCAAGUUGUGGUCGUACGGUCUGAAUUUUAUUGAGAUCAUCUUCUGCCCAGACUGCAGAAACCACUGAUGUCAGAGAGUAGAUCCUGGUAUUAGAAGUUACUCAGGUACCUCAAGGGAACACCUUUGCUGGAAUUAAAAAUAAACAUCAGUGAAAUUAUUCAGUUGAAGAUUGCCAAAAUGCAAAGUGUCAUAUAAUACACAGCUUUCAACAUGUGUUGUAGAAGAAUUGUCUCUCAAAAAUCAAAACAAUACAAUCUGAAUAUUUUAUGAUUUGACAGUUUGCCCCGUCAGCAAGCACACCAGUGACGGUGGUAAAGAACAUUGGUUACAGAAAGAAAUCUAAAGUAGACCAGAUUCAGUGAGGUCACCAUCUGCUGUGGCCACUCUGAUACACUGAAAAAGAACCAACUUAAAGUGUUACAAUUGGUAAAACCUGAA